UGCCUGUGUAUGAAAGAGUAUAACUUUUUAUUUGAUCAACAUUUAAACGAGUCUGUUUUUAAUUUGAAAAGGAAGAGGAAAGAUAGAAACAAUUGAUAAUUUAUAAGAUAUCGAAAAAUGGAAUAUAUCGAAGGCACUGAAACUGUAAAAUUUGGUGAUACAUCGAAAGUAAAGAAACGAAAACGAGGAAUUGUAUAUUUAUCUAGUAUACCUAAAUAUAUGAAUAUCACGAAAAUUCGUGAAUUAUUUUCGAUAUACGGGAAAGUUGGAAGGAUCUAUUUACAGUUAGCAGAAAAUGAACUGGAAGAGAAUAGUGAAAAAAGAAGAAAGCGGAGAAAAGUUUGCACAAAGUUGUUCACAGAAGGUUGGAUUGAAUUUGAAAGUAAAAAAGUUGCAAAAUAUGUUGCAACAACAUUAAACAACAGCCAGAUUUCAACUAGAAAAAAAAGCAAAUUUUUUGAUAUUAUUUGGAAUAUCAAAUAUCUUCCAAGGUUCAAGUGGAUUCACUUGAGCGAACGUUUAGCUUAUGAACGGGCAGUACGUAAACAAAGGCUACAAACUGAAAUUGCACAGGCAAAGCGAGAAGCAAAUUUCUUCUCUCACAAUGUUGAUAGAAGUAGAAAAUUACGUCGAGCGCAACAAGUUGGAAAUAGCAUGUUUGUGCCACCUGUGAUAAAACAGAGAGACACAGAUGCUGAAAUUAGAAGCAAAAAGGAAAGCAAAGUCGAAGUAGAUAGAACAGGUUUCUUAAAAUCUUUGUUCGGGUAAAGAUAAAAUACAUAUGUUUUCAAAAGAAUAUUAAAAGAAACUAUUUUAAUAGAAA